CGGUUCUUCAAUGCAUUACGUUCAGCUCGUGAACUUUAACUGGAUGUAAGCUUGAUGAAAGUUGCUCGAUGUACUAUGCCGAGUUUGACAGCACUCUUGCUGCUCACCGCAAGUUUGUUCGAAAGGUAUGACUGCUUCACCGUGUCGUGCGACGUGGUGAAGUGUGCCGAGGUAAAUGACGCCAACUGUACCUACGGCAUCGGGAAAAACGGCUGUUGCUACGAGUGUGCCAGAGGCCCGGGUGAGACCUGCGUCUCGAACGUGAAAGAGUGUGGAACUGGCAUGAUAUGUCGCACUGGAUACUACAAUCCGCUCAUGCCAAAAGCGGGCGUAUGCAUUUACAUGGACGUCCUCGAGAUUAAUUAAGACAUGUCUAGUGAUAUCUGCAAGUGAAAUAAAGCGUGUAGCAUAUAAUUCA